CACGCAUCGCUCAAUAUGCACCACCAGCUUAAUCCUUCAAGGGUCGCUAGCUAUCUAAGUGUUGUAAAAAACUAGCUUUGUCCCAAUGUGGAUUAUGCUGAAUUAUAUCCUGUUGGCACCCACUUGGAUUAUCAAGCUUUCAUAACUCAAGCAUUGGAAGGGAAUAACAAGCUAUAGUACACUCAGAAAAAACGAUGAGUCCCAUGACCAUGAUCACGACCACGAUGUUUCUUUAGACAUGUCAAAGUUCGAUACCUGCUAAGGUUGCCUUGAUUUCUGUGAAGAUUCUCGUAUAUACGUGUUUACCCUCCAUAUUAUAUUAACAUUUGGACAGUGAUUCCCUGUGGCUACUAGUUAGAGUGUGUCUGGUUGGUGAGAUUUGGCUUGUGUGUUGAGUUCUGACCACCGAUUUUGAUGGAGCUGAAAUCGUUCUCUUCUUGUUCUGUGUCCACAUCUGAGGUUGCCCAUGUUGGAAGAUCCUACUCCACUUUGAUCUCCAGUUUCAGACACAAAGUUGGAGUUAGAUUUUCUACCCACUUCCAGUGUCGCAGAGGGUUGUUUCUGACGACUUAUUGUGCCUCGGAUAACACUUAUUUGACAGAUAAAGCAGUCAUUAGUUCAGUUGGUCAAGAUAAUUUUGCAGCAGAAACGAGUUCCCAUCGAAUUAAUGGAACAAAUGGCUCAAUUUCAAGAUUCUAUUCCACAAAUCUGAAAUUACUUGAUGCCUUUGAUGAUGAAUAUGGGGGAGUUGUUGUUCAUCCAGAUAGGUUACCAUCCAACCCAUAUACCUUUGCAUCUGUGUUGCGUUUGUCUCUUUCUCAGUGGAAAAAGAUGGGAAAGAAGGGAAUUUGGCUUAAGUUGCCUUUAGACCAAUCUGACCUUGUUCCAAUUGCUGUGAAGGAAGGCUUCCAAUACCACCAUGCAGAGCCAGGAUAUGUGAUGUUAACAUACUGGAUUCCUGAAGGACCUAGCAUGCUUCCAGCGAAUGCAUCACAUCAAGUUGGAGUUGGGGGAUUUGUCAUCAAUGACAACAAUGAAGUGCUUGUAGUACAAGAGAGGCAUUGUUCUCCAACAACUCUUGGUCUUUGGAAGAUACCAACUGGAUUCAUUCUUGAGGCUGAGGAGAUAUAUACAGGAGCUGUAAGAGAAGUGAAGGAGGAAACUGGGAUCGAUACAGAGUUCGUUGAAGUCAUAGCAUUCAGGCAUGCACAUAAUGUGGCCUUUGAGAAGUCAGAUUUGUUCUUCAUCUGUAUGCUAAGACCCCUGUCAUCUAAGAUCAUUGUUGAUGAUCUUGAAAUUGCAGCAGCGAAGUGGAUGCCCCUGGUUGACUUUGUAGAGCAACCACUCAUCCAAGAAGACUCCAUGUUCAAGAAAAUCGUAGAUAUCUUCAUUGCUCGUCUCGGGAAGCGAUAUUGUGGCUUGUCAACUCAUCAAGUAGUUUCAAAGUUUGAUGGCAUGGUGUCUUCCUUAUACUACAAUGUCAUUGACAAUGCGGAUAACAACUGUGUUGGAAAAUGAAGACUCGAACACGCACAACUCUUCUUGGCUUCUCAAAUGUCAGCAACAAGUUGAAAACUGGGCUAACCACUAUACUGCAGAUAUCCAAUCGGAUAUGUAAACAUUCAAAUGACAAUUUAUUCCUAUAGUUAUAAUGUAUAUAAAUAUCUCUGAUAACAAUGUUCCUGUGGAACAUGUUUGAUCAUCACAGUUGUUCCACAUUUACUAAUGAUUCUUGCAAACAGAACAUUAACUAUAUUAACGGGUCUCUAUCUUAUAAUUUAUGGAA